GUAGGAAUGACUGGCUGCAGAUGGGACCAGGCCUUAAGCCAUAAGGGGAAUGGAGCAGCCACCUACAUGCUGUCGAUCCUGGGAGUGGGAAAAGGUUCGCUAAUCCUGGCCCCGAAGGCGCAGCACUUCUCUUGGACCCCUGGAGGCUCAGCAUUCAUUCUCCCCACCCCCACCCUUUUAAAGAGGAGGUUAAGUUUUGCUUAGGUUGAAAUCUGUUGAAAAUUUCAGGGCCACCUUACUCCUUAUUCUUUAAGGAGACAAGCCAAAGUGUGGCGAGCACCCCUUUCUCCCACCCUUAGGAUCCGGUGGGUGACUCCCCCGGCCAAGGCCCCAUCGCCCACCCAACCGCGAGUAGCGAGAGCCCCAGCCGCUCCCAACCUGAUGGUUGUCCACCAGGGAGGUCCUCUGAAUCGGAGAAAGAAUUCCGUUUCCAACCCAGACUCCUUUACCCUAAAAAGACCAUUUGUGUGUGCAAGUCAUUUUUAAAUGUCUUCUCGUAGAAAAACUGAAAGUAGAAAGGAAGCAGUUUUAGAGCAGAUGUCUGACCAUCCCUUCUCGCACACUCCCAGCAUCGGGUUACAGGGUCCUGGGAGCCCCCACCCACGUUGUACGGCCCCACUCGGUUGGAUCCACAGCCACUGCACGACCCCUUAACGCCCCACGGCUCUCCCGGGAGCCCCUCUCACAGCACGCCCAGGCCCGGGGAGGGGCGGGUGGUAGCAGCCCAACACAAUGAUGUAGGGAUAAAUAUUAAGCCGUGACAUUGACGUGCCCGGCGCCUCCCAUCCCCCGCGCUCUCGGCACGCCCCCUCCCGUUCCACUGUGUCCCGCGCGGCGCGCUCAUCCCCGAGGGGCCCCUGCAGCCUCUCCGCGCGAAGACGGCUCCGGCCCUACAGAGGAAAGAAAAGUAACUUCGCUUUUCUCGGAGGAACCAGGAAGGAUUAAGCGGCCUGGGAGAGGGCAGGAGCGCGCGGAGGGUGGAAUGAUUGUGGACUGAGACGCGCUCGGGCAGAGCCUAUGUAAUCGGGCUGCGCUUCGGGGAGGGAAGAGGAGGGAUCGGCUCGCUCUUCAGCGACUCGGCAGGCGGAGUUUCGCGACGGCACCAGGGUUGCGCCCGCCCGCGGGGAGGUCGCUCCAUCCAGCCCCGGCGGCCGCGAGAGCGCGAGCGCCGGAGCGCGGCAGUCGGCGGGGCUGAGGGAGAGCGAGACCGAGCUCCGCGGCUCGAGGGAGCGGUUCGGAGAGUCCCGGAGGAGGCGAGCGGCGGCCGCCAACGAGUCGAGCGCGCCCCCCGCUCGCCCCAGCGGCGCCGAGCCGGACGGUGUCCGGGCGGCAUGGAGAAGGACAGCCUGAGCCGCGCCGACCAGCAGUACGAGUGCGUGGCGGAGAUCGGCGAGGGCGCGUAUGGGAAGGUGUUCAAGGCCCGGGACCUGAAGAACGGAGGCCGUUUCGUGGCGCUGAAGCGCGUGCGGGUGCAGACGGGCGAGGAGGGCAUGCCGCUCUCCACCAUCCGCGAGGUGGCGGUGCUGAGGCACCUGGAGACCUUCGAGCACCCCAACGUGGUCAGGUUGUUUGAUGUGUGCACAGUGUCACGAACAGACAGAGAAAUCAAACUAACAUUAGUGUUUGAACAUGUUGAUCAAGACUUGACCACUUACUUGGAUAAAGUUCCAGAACCGGGAGUGCCCACUGAAACCAUAAAGGAUAUGAUGUUUCAACUUCUCCGAGGUCUGGACUUUCUUCAUUCUCACCGGGUAGUGCAUCGUGAUCUAAAACCACAGAACAUUCUGGUGACCAGCAGUGGACAAAUAAAACUGGCUGACUUCGGCCUUGCCCGCAUCUACAGUUUUCAGAUGGCUCUUACCUCAGUGGUCGUCACACUGUGGUACAGAGCUCCAGAAGUCUUGCUUCAGUCCAGCUACGCCACCCCCGUGGAUCUCUGGAGUGUUGGCUGCAUAUUUGCAGAAAUGUUUCGUAGAAAGCCUCUUUUUCGUGGAAGUUCAGAUGUUGAUCAACUAGGAAAAAUCCUGGAUGUAAUUGGACUCCCAGGAGAAGAGGACUGGCCUAGAGAUGUGGCCCUUCCCAGGCAGGCUUUUCACUCAAAAUCUCCUCAACCAAUUGAGAAGUUUGUAACAGAUAUUGAUGAACAAGGCAGAGACCUACUUCUGAAGUGCUUGACAUUUAAUCCAACCAAAAGAAUAUCUGCCUACAGUGCCCUGUCUCACCCAUACUUCCACGACCUGGAGAGGUUCAAGGAGAACCUGGAUUCCCAUCUGCCGCCCAGCCAAAACAGCUCUGAGAUGAAUACAGCCUGAAGUCCGAGCCGCUGCCUUGAGCUGGUCACCCAGAGAACAGCCUUGGUAGCUGACGGGUCCCCCUGAGUAAGCCCUGCAGAGCUUUCGAGGAUCACUGGCUGGAGACCUUCUAGCUGCUGUCUUCUGGAUGGGCUCUGCUUCUCCAAGGAAACCGCCUAGUUUACUGUUUUAAAAUCAAUGCAAGAGUGAUUGCAGCUUUAUGUUCAUUCAUUUGUUUAUUUGUUUGUUUGUCUGUUUGUUUAUUUCAAGAACCUGGGAAAAAUUCCAGAAGAGAAGCUGCUGACCAAUUGUGCUGCCAUUUCAUUUUUCUAACCUUGAAUGCUGCCAGUGUAACGUGAGCAAUCCAGGCACAGCUGAGUUAUGAUGUAAUCCCUCUGCAGCUGGUGGAGCCUGAUUUGGUACUUUUGAAUGAGUGAGUGAGUGAGUGAGUGAGUGAGUGAGUGUGUGUGUGUGUGUGUGUGAGAGAGAGAGAGAGAUUCUUGAUCUCUUAAAGUGUUACUUCCUGUAAAUGAUUAGAAUAAUUGAAUUCUAAAGAUUCAGAGUGACCUAUAAGUAAUAGGCAUCUGUUGACUGAAGGUGGUUCACCAGAAGGGGCUUCUCAAAUUAGAAAGGUGAGCCUCUGUCCUCAAAAUUUCUUUUCUGGCCAAAAGCAGUAAAUCUGCUAGCAGUGAAAGGUUCACUAUCCAGGUGAAGUUUUAUACACUCAGCAAGAAGAAAAUUCUAGUGUCAUUUAAGAGAGCUGUUUCUUAAAGCACACAUUAUCUACUCUUCAAAAGCUGAAUUUACACAUUGUAAGUCAAUUUUAAACUGUAUAAUAUGCUUAUUGUUUCUUAUGAAAAAUACCCUAUACGCUUUUUCUUACUUUAUAUAGAUUUAGGGAGUGUACCUCAAAUAGGUAAAAUUGUCAAAAAAAAAUAGAGAAAGCCUUUAUUUCCUGGUUUGAGAUUUAUUUCCUUAUUGUUUUUUGUUAUUUUGCUUUGUUUUUGAUCUUAGGAAUUUGUCAGAAACUGUUUCCUGCCCAUGGAGAGUAGUUCUCUCCAACUAGAGACAGGAAUGACAUUUAGGUUUUCCCCACCUAUUACACUGUACUUUUUCUACCAUGCACUGCCUUGUUUGCAAACUAUCCUCCUUAUCUAUCCCCAGGGCCUCCAACAUAUAAUGCUGUCAUUACAUAACUAAGAGCAGAUCGCUUAAGUUGUUCCUGUGCAUCUCCUGCUUUUUUCUGUCAGUGAACCUUUCAUAAAUAGUUAGAUUCAGAUUGUAGCCUAUGGCUCAAAUUCUGCUAUCCUAACAGGUUCCCCUACAUCCUUGCUCUAGUGCGGUCUUCCUGCCUGGCAGUCACUGGUGUUACCUAGACAAUGAGUAGAAGACUGGGUCUUCUCUAUCACCAGCACACAGAUGGCUUUAAACUGUUACUUAGUGUUUUGCAUUUGUAUAGAAUAUAUUGUGAGUGUAGUAUCUGAGGGAAUGUCUUUAACUAUUUUUAGAAAUACAUUUUUACUCUAUAAAAUUAUCUUUUCUCCCUCCCCCAGGUUAUGCUUGUUUCUAGUGCUGUGUGCACACUCCCACUUCCUGCAGAGCAAGCCUGACCUGGGCACUGUGAACAGUUUUACUUGUUCUCUUGCCAUUUUCUCUACAAUCCUUAAUCUUCCAUGUCAUCUCUGCCUUAUAAGUAAUUAGUGCUCAGCCAGCUCUAGUAACCAGAAGACACAGAAAUGAAGUAUCUUUUGGGAAGUUUAGCUACCUUUGUUUCUGACUCAUGUUUUAGUGCAUGCAAUAGUUAGACAAUGUUUAGAGUUAGGGUUUUCAAAGAAUGGACAUGGCUUCCGUCAGUAGAAAAUGAUGUUUUAUUCACUGUCAAGCCUUCCUAAAUUCCUCCUAGCUUCAUAGUCUAUGUGGCUAGCUUGAACAAGAGAAAAUUUAGGAGACCUUUCUCUUUGAAAGCUUUUUGGGUUGGGAAUCAUUCUUUUCUAAUACAUAAAUGUUUCACAUUGUUCUUGUUCAGUGACAGAAGAGCAGGAAAAUUUUUCUAUUUUAGCAAGAUAAGAAUGAGAAGAUGGGCCAUAAGAAUGUUUUAUACUUCUUCAUUGUGACACUAUUGGUUGUUUUGUCACCACUAUAAAUGCUUGAGAUAUAAUGAAUCCAGAGCAUUCAUGGCAAGGUGUACUUACCGUCUCCCCUGGAAAAGUAACUUCUGCCUUUCUUUUGAUCAGAGGUCAAAAUACAAAGACAUUUUUGCUCGGGCCAAGAAAUCAAACUGUAAAACUCACUGCACUGAUGCAUCAUGAGCUUUUUGGUUCAUAUCCAUGGUUAGAGUGAACAUAACCAGAGUUUUUGCUUCUGCAAAAGUUUUUCAUAAGUUCUCUCGAGAAAAAUGCAGCUGUUCUAAACUGGAAUUUUUCCGCAUUCUUAGAAUUUUAAACAAAUAGAAAGCUGAACUUUUAUUUCUAGCAUGUGCUUUUGGUUCAUUUCACAGCAGUGUUUAUAAAGAAAACUUAAAGCACAAACAUUUUGGCAUUAGAUACUUGGCAAAUUAUGCUCUGAGAGGCAGAAUGAGAGGCCAUCUUGGCCUCUCUGAACUUGUUAAGAGUCUGUCCUAGCUCUUCCAUCCCUGUGGUUCUUAACACUCGAAUGAUUACCCUCUUGUUUUCUGUCCUGUACAUCCAGGGUCACCACUUCUGAAAUCCAGAUCCCACACAAGCACCUUUGCCAUUAUGGCACUUUGAAGCAUAUAGCAGAAUUCAAACUUACUGAACAAAGCUUAUUCUUCUGUGACAUAUGGUUUCAAACAUCUUUGCCAAAAGCUAGGCAAUGGUUAACUGAAAAGGUCAUACUGCCACAGGGUUGUACUGAAGCAGCUCAGAGCAGUAAAAAUAUGGUGAUGGAUUUGAAGUCCCAUUUGAAUUUCUCGCUAAGAUGAUGCAAGAAUGUGCCUGAUAGUUUCUAUACAAUAUUCUGUUCUAGUAGCCCAGGCACUACAGGAAUUGAUGUGCAGUGCACAGUUGUAAAACCCUAUAUUUAAAAAGAGUAAAGAGAAACCUGUCCAUUUAAGGCAUCAUAAGCUAUCAUGUGGCCAAUGGUAAUAAGGUCCUAACCUUGUAACCUUAAAAACACAAUUCCCAAGAGCUCAUAAGAAUGCUGUGCAUUGGAGCCUCCCACUUUGUCUUUCCUUUGAAGUGGAUGGGAACUCAAGGAGCAAAAAACUGGUUUUGAAAGAAAACUCCUGUAUUCUCGUGAUUUUCUCAGGAAACACAAAUUAUGAAUGGCAGACUUUUCAUUUAGCCCCAGGUGACUUACUAAAAAUAAUUCAAAAUACUCACCUAAGAAUAAAAUCUCGGCCUUUUAGUUUUAAGUAAAAAUGAAAAUAUCAGAAUGCACAGGAUUACUAUCUUAAAGAAAGAUUGUACCUUUUCAUAGAGAAAUUUAUAGUUCGACUCCAGAAUGUGAUACUCUCCAUCUGGAUGAGAAAAAACUUAACUAGUACCAAAUAUUUUAAACCUUAUAUUAUGUAUUUAAAUUGAGUUUUUAAUUAGCUAUAGCUGCUUCUCUUUAAAAUUAUGCCUAUAAAAGUUAGUGAUGGCAAUUCUCAUUCCUUUGUGGAAAUUAAAUCAUGUAAGAUUCCUAAUAGCAUAACAUCAUAAACAUUAAAAUUCUUCUCUCCAAAGAAUUGCUUCUUUUAAGUGACAACUUGACUAUUUUUAUGAUAAGCACAUGAGAGAAUGUCUCAUUUUCCAAAAGCAAGCUUUGUUCCAUAGUUGAGUCUAGGAAAAAUAAUGUUAAAAGUUAAUAAGUUACUGUAAUUACUUGAUUGUAUUAAUACAGAAACUAUAGAAUAUUUACCUUGGAAAGAAAAUAUUGAAAUAUUACAAAUUCUUAGCUAUUGAUAGGAUUCAAAAGAAUGCAUGUGUUACAUUAUGACCCAUAAAAGUGUCUUUAUAUUAUAAAAAUAAAGAUGUUAUAUGAUUUCUAAAUCUUUAAAAAAAACAGUGGGCAAUAGAGAAAACUGGAAAAAGUGAAAGUAUUCAAAGAAGGAUAGUUUCAAAGUUAUAUAUAUUUUAUUAACAAAUAUAUGCAGAAUUUAUGCAACUAUUAACUUGAUAUGUCCAAAAACAAAUUUUAUGGAAAAGCUGGUCCAGGCAGUUACCAUUGCAAAGGUUGAGCUGAGCAAACUAAACCAUCAAUAUUCCUUCCUCACUUCAUGGAAAAAGCAGCCACGUGAGGCUACACUUGUUGCACAAGUCUAGAGUGUGCACUGUAUAUAAUAAUAAUAAUAAUAUUUUAAAAGGCAUGUGUUUCCUAUGCCACCGAGAUUUUUGAAAAAAUAGUGAGACCCAAAACAUUUAUAUGUGCAUUCAAUACACAUUUAGAUGUGUGAUUAAGAAAACAAUUACAUGUUCCUUCUGCAUAGUGGAAAAGCAGGUUGAGGCUACCAGAAAUCUGUCAAGCAAUGUGUAUCCUCAGAUAAUUAGUAAUAGUGUUUUACCCAAAAGCAUUAGAAAAUAGCGUUUUCAUUUCCUAUCAAUACGAUUUUCAACUCAAUUUUGUUAUAUACCUAUAUCUCAAGCAUUUCUAACUUGUACUUUCUCAGAAAAUAAACCAAAAAUAUUCCUUUGGCCUUUUCUAUAUUCUGAACUUUGUAAACAACAGAAAUGUAGAAGGAGGAGUCAUCUGAUUUUUGAAAUGUUUUUUCUCAAUUGUUUUUUUUAACAAAGUACAAAUCAGCUUUCAAAAUGUUUUAUACUUCUUAGCAUUCGCAGAGAGUUAAUUUAGGUAAAUGAAUGAACUUCCAUCAACAUAUUUAUGUUUCCUUGGUACUGGUGCUCUGGCCUUGAAGAAGAAAACAAAAGCCACUUGAAAAUAAAUACAAGCUUUUUUCAAGCAUCUAUUUAAGUACUGUUACAGCAUAUUGAAGUUAAUAUGGUAGGAAAGGGAGGGGACUUUUGCUUGCAAACUUUUAAAAUUCACUGUCCUAAAGAGAUGGGCUUUCUUGUUUUAUUCCAGUAUAUCCCACAAGGUGGCACUUUCAUGGGGGAAAAAAAUCUGAGCAAGGCUAAAGAAGUACUUCUGAAGACUUCAUUCUGUUUUUCUGCACAUAUUCAACUCUUGCCUAGCACUUACUUGUCAAGAUGAUUAAUAGUCUUCUUAACAUUCUUUAAUGUAGAUCUAUUUUGAUUGUUUGCUAGGUUCUGAACAAUUGUCUGCAAGUAAAUUGUUCUUGAGGGUGGAUAAUAUACCCAUUUCCAUCAUUUAAGUGCCUAAAGAGAGCCUAGCCAUUCAUUUACUCAAAACAUUUUUUGAGGUACCCAGUAACCUCACUUUUCUACACCUCACUAGGUGCAGAAGUUACAAAGGUAGAUAGGUUUAUUACUAAAAAAGCAGCAUUCAUCUGUUGAGUAGCAUUGUUUUAUCAGGAAUCUAAAACUCCUCAAUGGCUCCAGCCACCAUACCCUCUCCCCUUCUCUCCCCCUUUCACAUUCCUUACCAUGGUGGCCUUCAAACAUUAAUAAAAUUUUAAAUCCUAAUUUAAAAAUCAGAUGAACAAAAUGAGUAAUGCAUCAGUAAUUAAGCAGACAAAAUGUUUUCCUAAAGAAUUGCUAUGCUGAAACAGAGCACUAAAAUAUUAAAAGAUCUGAUUUUUACAUCUAUAUAAUCAAAGGUGUAAAUUCACAAGAAAUUCUAAUUCUUCAAAAAUUUGUCUAUGAACAUAAUACCUUAGGAGUAUAUCUACAUAAGUCCUUAAUUUUUCCACUUUCUCAGAUCUUUGGCAACUUUACGUGCAUACAAAUCUCCAUACAGCCUUAGGUUUUAAUUCACAGGUCUGCUCAGAGACUCAUUAUCCCCCAGUUGAUUUCAGUUAAUUUCAGAAGUCAUUUUCUUCAAUAGUGUCACUGAAAUUUAGGAAGAAGGAAAUAAUAGUAUUUGUCAAAGAGUUUCCUUAGCACAGCAUAACAGAGGGCAGCUUAUUCCUUCUGAGUAGCCGUAACUUGAUAGUGCCUGCUUAACGUUCCUUCAGAGUAGCGGGCAGGCAAGUCUCAGUGACUGUUACUGACUCAAAGUGCAGCAAGCUAGGGGCUGUCACAGGCUCCUUGAGAAACCUCCAGCCGCAUCCCUCUGCUUAAAAUCCCGCUGAAGUAGAUUCCAGUUUAAGCCCCUAAGUGGAAGGCCAAAUUCAAACCUCGAGUUUGUGAUUAGUUGGGCCACUCUGAACUCUAUUUGCUCGGUUCAAAACUUUACUCCCACUUGAAAGCCUUCAGGGUGCGCGGCCCGGCCCCGCGCCCUUUGGCAGUAGAGUGGCAGUGGGGCUGGCUGGGGCCCGCCCGCCGCCCACCAGUUAGUGCCUGAAAUGAUGUACAGACCCGGCGGGAUACUGUCCGAGGUCCAUGUGCCCUGCUGCUGACUCAGAGGCAUCUGUUCUGCAACCUUAGAAAGUAAAAUGUCCCUGGAAGCAAACAGGUGCCUUCUGUGCAUAAGUACAACACAGUUCUUCGAAAGUCCGGGUAUAAAGAGAUGCUGCUCUGCAUGAAGCGUCUACCAGGCAUCUCUCAAGCUCUAAGCUCACAGCUUUUUUUCUUUUUUAAGAGAAGAUGUAUAAUUACAGGAGAGAUUUUUUUAUUUUUUUAUUUUCUAUCAUUCUACAUAUAUGAUGGCCAAAAUAUGCCUGGAAAAGUUUUGUUUUGGAAAUUUAUUUUCUGCUUCAUCCUCAGUUGGCAAAAUCUCCUAACUCUUUAGUGUCUCAUUUCUUCUUUCUCUGUUUUCUUUGUAAAGUAAUGGAAGGAAAUUUUCUCAUGUGGUAGGGGAUUUUCCUGUUCAGAGGAAAUGUGUGUGUGAAUUCUUUGGCCAAGCAAAUAACCCCUUCUCUAGGAGUUUGGAUUUUCAAAUGGAGGUAAGAUUUCUGAAAGGGGGCACAUAACUACAGAUUGCUCUAAAAAACCAUGACUGUAGCACUAAUCAGCAAGCAUAAAACCACACAGUGAUUUAAUUUCUAAUUCUCUGUGUUUUCUGGCCAAAUUCUGUUGACCUGCUUAGCUUACAGUCUGAAGGUAUAGCCUUUGUACCCUUACUUGAAAGUUUCUAAUCUUAAGGUUUAUGAAAUGCAAUAAUAUUUAUUAACUAGCAAUAUUUCUGUGACCACCAGCAACUCUGAAUUUGACCUUGAAGCCUCAGAAAAUUGAAAACAGAUCCCAGCAGUAAUACAUUUCUUGAACACGCCCUCUCAGGUGCAUUAUAUAUCUUCUCAUUUUGGUCCUGUGUUUGCAACAAUGUACAUGUGAAUAUUAUAGCUCCUCACUUAUUCUGUAUUCAUUUAUUUUUCUAUGACCAGUAACAGGUAUGUUAGCUAGUACAUGGAGCGAAUAGCAUCAACUAUUCAUGGUGCCCUUGGAUCAGCACUUAAGGAGGUGGGGAAUUUCUAUUUCAAGUUGUUCUACAUUUGCAUAAAUUAUUUCUAUUAUUAUUCAUGUAUAUUAUUUAUUUCUGAAUCACACUAGUCCUGUGAAAGGGCAGCUGAAGGCAGGACACAUUAGGAUUUGCAUUUAAUGUUCAUUAUCAUGGUCUUGAUGAAGAUAAGAAAAUUAAAAUUAGAAUAAGCCCCCAGAUAAGCUGCAUGCAUUUAACAUGAUCAGUAGAAUUUAAGUCUAUAGAUGGAGUAUAUUUGUGUUUAGGUGUUUUUAUCAUUAUGUAAAGGAAUAAAAGCAAAGGACCUUAUAGUUGUUCUUUUAUAAAAUGUGCAUAUGCUAGAGUGUGAAAAUACAGUAAAAAUUUAGAGAUAGAAAAGCAUCAGAUACCGCCUUAAUUUAGGAUCUCUGCCAGAUGGCCAUCAGAGUAGAUAGGAUGCAGAGACAGGUGCCUGGGUGGUGCCUCCUCUUACCUGGCCUAGAGAAGAAGCUUCCCUCACACGAUGUAGUGCCCAUGUAGGUGUUGGGUACAGUAGUGGGAACAGGCAGGACCUUUGAAAGGAGAACAGUGGGAGUUUUCUAUAAAAGCAGAACUCUGCUUGUGCCUUGAGGCUUCAAGAACGUGUCAGAUGGAGAAGGUCAAGUUUCCAUGCUUCAGGCAACUUGCUGUGUACAGAAGCAACCCAGUCUGGUUAUAAAAACAAGGACUGCAUGUACAUUAGUCAAUGAUGGAUUUGAACAAUGACCAGUCCCAACACCUCAAAAGCUUGUUGCAUUUCUGGUAUCUUAAGUUUGAUGUGAAGGUUGAUCGGCAAGUGAUUGGUAUAGAAGAGCAGUACGUGUUAAGAAAAGAAAAGCACAGUAUCAGUUCCUGUAGAGGGCAGGUUAGGAGAGGCUUUUAUAUAGUAUUAUCAUUUCUGAGGUCUGUACAAGCACAUUUGCAUUCAUUGUAAAAUUAUUCGUGUUGUUACAGUCCCAUAGGCCUAGUUAAAACUUACUUCUAGGUUUCAACAAGGCUUUCACACCCAGUAAGCUUACUUUUUUCAUUUUUACUUUGUGAAGUAGAAACAUCUUACUUUGAACAUUUGACUUAUUGGUUUCUGUGUGUGAAAUCACAGUUCUGGAGAUGUAGACAUUGUGCAUAUGCAUGUCAGAUACUAAUCUAAGCUGUGUGAACCAGCCCAGGAUAACUAAUGUCCCUCCAUCCACAGCCUCCCUUCCUCCCUCCCACUAAAGCGCUCCUGCCCCCAUGCUGGCCUGUCUGCAUGGUGCUGCCAUCCUCUGCCGCUCUUUGGGCAGCAAGGAUAUGAUGAGAGGUGCUUUAGGCUGUUCAGGCUUGGCCACCACCCUUACUUGACCUUCAGCUGGCCACAGUCAUUCCACAGAAGGUUCCUAGUGCUGGGCACAGAGUGUGCUCACAGCACCAUCACAAAUGCCUUCUAGCCUCUUUGUAUGCAUCUUGAUUUUAAAACCAAGUCAUUCUACAGAGCAUUCAGUUUUGGCUGUGGUACAGAGAGAAAAACUAACCAAGACUAUAAAGCACAUUCCAGGCUGCUGUUUUCUGUCCAUCUACAGGCUACAUUUCUACUGUAUUUCUUUAUACUUGAAACUCAUUCUGCUGUUGUAAUAUCAGGGUACAGACUUACAAGGGUGCAUGUUCCUCAAAGGUGCAAAAUUACUCUCAUUCCAUUUGCUCAUGUUGCUACGAAUGCUCUGUUUUGGUGCUCUGGGUUCAGCAAGUCAAAGAAGCAAUAUGGAAAUUCACUGCCUGGAACAGUCUUACAAGAAUGUCAGCAGGUGGCUUAGUGGUAGAUAUUGCUUCUGCUCCUUUCUCUGUAUGCAAGAUUGAGAGUUACCACACUAGCCCAUCAGGUUUACCUGGGCGUCCUUCCUCACUGGGAACAGACCCUGUGCGUACCCCACAUGCGAGUGCAGGGCAGGCCUCUGGAAGCAGGGGCCCUGCAGCCUAUCCGGAUGGUUAGCCUCAGGUGUAGAAAGGAGCAGAUUGGGAAGGGCUCCUCUAGCGACCUUCCCUCCAUUCCACACAGAAAGCUCUCUUGAGACAAAAAAAGAGAAAAAAUAAAGCCUAUCUGUAAAGUGACCCUCUUCAUAGCGCCCUGGGCUGAAUGACCUUGCUUCCUUCCCUUUAGGUAGAUGAAAAUACAACACAGUUUAUCUAGACUCUUCCCACUUGAAAAGGAAAAUAAAAAAGUGUUUGUAGCGUGUAAAAUGUGUAAUCCAAGGACUACCAAAACUUACAUUAAAUACUCCAUCACUAGCAAUCUGUUUUAAAAUGUAGUUCAAGUAAGGGAUGCGUUGCGACCACAGGGUCUCUGAGGUCAGAGGCAGCGCCUUCCUCUAGGAUAUCUUUGGAAAGAAAGAACUGCCUGGGGUAACUGUUGCAAGGGCAAAGGUAACAUGUCGGAGAACUCAGAGGGUUACAGCUCGAUCAUCCUUUGGAAACUGGAUGUCUUACUGGGUGCUAGAAUGCAAAUUGAGGUAUUUAUUGUCAGAUAAUGGAAAUCACUGUUUUUUAAGAAUUGGUGUUGAAAUAUCACUGUCCAUUUCCUUGUUUUCACUUAUGCAAAAGCUAAAUUGAAGUAAAAAGAAAAUGGUUUGUAUAUUUGUCAUACCUUUUGUAUUUCUUACAAUAAAAUUAUUGGUAGCAAAUAGAAAUAAUAAAGAGCAAUUUUAAACUGCA